UUUUUUUUAUAACAAUAUUUUGCAGUUCGAACAUCAUGUCAAAGAAUGGGAGUGGUGAUGAAAGGGACGAAACCACGGAGCAGCACUUCCAACGUCUGCAUAUAACCCUUCAAAGGAUGCAAAAUCAAAUCGAUGAGUUGAUUAGGGUAAGACCUGCACCGGCGCCACAACUGCGGCCACCUAUUCGUCAACCUGUUGUACGCCAACGUGACGAAUUGGAAUUCGAUGAACAAUUCUUCGAUGAAGAAUCUGAGGCAGAGUCUAAUACUUCUAGACGAUGGCAUAGAGGACGAGGGAACAGAGGUGGCAAAUUUGACAUACCAAGGCGAGGUAAUGUGGGACGAGAAAGAGAUGAAGUUGAUCGAAACCUCAACUCGAUCAAAUUGAGUAUACCGUCUUUCCAAGGGAAGAGUGAUCCCGAGGCAUACAUAGAAUGGGAAAGAAAGGUUGAGCUCGUUUUCGAUUGCCACAAUUAUUCCGAGGAAAAGAAGGUGAAGCUUGCAGCUGUAGCGUUCACCGAUUAUGCUAUCAUUUGGUGGGAUCAAUUGGUAGUGACUAGACGCAGAACCGGCGAACCACCAAUUGUCGAUUGGGAGUCUAUGAAGGCACUUAUGAGACGGAGGUUCGUGCCCUCACAUUAUUAUAGAGACUUACAUCUGAAAUUGCAAAGCUUGAAGCAAGGUACUAAAUCAGUUGAGGAGUACCAUAAGGAGAUGGAGAUUGCAAUGAUUCGAGCCAAUAUUGAGGAGGAUCGAGAGGCCACGAUGGCAAGAUUUAUUUGCGGGCUGAACCGGGAGAUCGCUAAUGUAGUGGAGUUGCAGCACUACGUUGAGAUUGAGGAGGUCGUUCAUAUGGCCAUGAAAGUUGAGAGGCAGCUUAAGCGGGGAGGGAGAACUACAGCUCGGGCCGAGGCAUCAAGCUGGAAACCGCGAUGGAAUCCUACUUCGAAACCCGAGGAGAAAUCGACAACGAAACCUUCCAACGAAAAUCCAAUUAACCGAGCACCACCUGAGAGAGGUAAUAAUGUCACAACCACAACGAACACGUGAAAUAUUAAAUGCCAUAGAUGUCAUGGAGCAGGUCAUAUCGCUAUGGACUACCCUAACCGGCGAGCUAUGAUUUUAUUGGAUAAUGGCGAGCUGGAGUCCGAGGAGGAGGAAGAGUCAACUUCAAAAACAGCACCUAUUGAAGGUGAUGUGGUACAAGCUGUUGAUGGACUCGCCCUUGUUGUACUUCGAACUCUUCACGUGCAAGCAGAAGAAGAUGGUGAUGUAAUACAGCGAGAGAACAUCUUCUAUACACGCUGCUACGUUCAAAACCGAGUAUGUGGAUUGAUAAUUGAUGGAGGAAGUUGCGUGAAUGUAGCGAGCAAGCUAAUGGUAGACAAGCUAGGGCUGCAAGUCUCCAAACAUCCGAGACCUUACAAACUUCAGUGGCUGAAUGAAAGUGGCGAGUUGAGAGUGACGAAACAAGUACUGAUUUCCUUUAGUAUUGGACAAUACAAAGAUGAGGUGAUGUGCGAUGUUGUGCCCAUGCAAGCAAGUCAUAUUUUACUUGGGUGACCUUGGCAAUUUGAUCGAAGAACAGUCCAUGAUGGUUACAAAAAUCGCUACACUUUUACUAAGGAUGGCAGGCGAAUCACACUUGCACCUUUACCACCUCGUCAGGUGUUUGAGGAGCAAAAUCAGAUCAAGAAAUCCAUUGCUGCAAGUUCAAAACAACAUGAGAAUGAACGUGUUAGUAGUAGUGGAGAGGUAAAACAAGAGAGUUUAGUCGAAGUGAGAAAAGAAAAAGAAGAGAGUGCAAACUUAAUAAAUAAAGAUGAGAGAAAAGUGAGCUUUUAUGCAAAAGAAAGAGAGAUUAAGA